AUGUCUCCACGAGAUCCCAGCACUCUUCCUUCUCGUCGACGCCCCUCUCUCUCCCUCCGCACUCGGCCCCGGACUGCUACAACGUCGACCGUUCAUACAACCGGAAUAGAGCAUGAUAUAUGGCACGGGCUGUCGGUGGUGGAUUCCGGAGAUGAUGAUGACGGACAGGUCCUGGAGGACAUGAACCAUUUUCCCGAACCUGUGCCCAGGCGCCGCGGAGCCAAGAGCUUCUCGAGCUUACGCCAUCCCGUGGAUGGCCUGCGCGCUUUGGGCCGUCGCCUCUCGGUGACGCUCCGCAGCAAGUCGUCUAGACAUUCAGUCCAACCCCAUCCUGGGGGCACGAGGAAUUCUUGGUGUACCGAAACAAGCAUCAAUCGUCGCUCAUCCCUCAACGGCGUGUCGGCGCUGCAUGAAUUUUAUACUCACACCGCUGCAGCCGUCCCCGGGAGUGGUUUGGAGCCACCCAUCUUCUCGAACGAUAUCUACGCGGGCGCGGCAGCUCGCGCUGCAGCUGCAGCACAGAAUGAUCUCGCAAGGGCUCUGCGGGAUGGUAUCAAACUGUCCGACACAAAGCUGACUCGGGACUCGGAAAGUGGUAUUGGCAUCGAUCUGCGCGAUCGCACGGAACUGUCUGACCCAGCCCUGGCUAUCCUGCGGAUCGAUCCAGUCGCCUACUUUCCUCCUGAGGUCAUGUCACAGGUGCUUUCGUACCUCGACCCUGAGUCCCUCAUGCAGUCCGAACUUGUUUCUCGUGCUUGGAGUGAGCAGGCCUCCUCCAGAUAUAUAUGGCGGCAUGUGUUCCGUCAUGCCUACGGACACCAUCUAAGCGGACGUCUACACAAGAAGAGACAAUCUGCGGGGGUGGGGAAGGCCCAUCCUAACCAGGACUGGAAGAGGAUGUUCCUUGUUCGACGUGCCUUGGAGCAUCGGUGGAAAGAAGGAAAGGCUGCCGCUAUCUAUCUCCACGGUCAUAAGGACAGUGUCUACUGUGCUCAGUUUGAUGAGGACAAAAUUAUCACCGGGUCUCGUGACCGGACUAUCCGUGUAUGGGACGCUCACUACCCUUGGCCAUGCCGGAAGAUCAUAGGUCCUCCCCAAGGGGAUGCUUCCGGCAUUGGCCCGGUCAACAACUCGGCGCAGCAAUCAGCCGGAAAGCCGCCUUUUCUUACGAUAUACCCCCCUCCCACGCGCUCUGCGGGGAUCAUGGCCCCCGCCGAACAAAGCACGGACUAUCACAGCGCCUCCAUUCUCUGCCUCCAGUUUGAUGAAGACAUCAUGGUCACUGGGUCGUCUGACUUUACUUGCAUCGUGUGGGAUAUCAAGAACGAUUACACGCCGAUUCGUCGCCUGGUGGGACACCAGGCGGGAGUGUUGGAUGUCUGCUUUGAUGACCGAUACAUUGUGUCCUGCUCCAAGGACACUACUAUCUGUGUCUGGGAUCGCCACACGGGAGCCCUUGUGAAGAAGCUCCUUGGCCACAGAGGACCGGUGAAUGCUGUUCAACUGCGCGGCGAUCUCGUCGUCUCUGCUAGCGGAGACGGCGUCGCCAAGCUCUGGAACAUCACGUCCGGUCUUUGUGUCAAGGAAUUUCCCAGCAAGGACCGCGGAUUGGCGUGUGUCGAAUUCAGCGACGAUGCUCGAACCAUCCUGACUGGCGGCAACGAUCAAGUAAUUUAUCAGUUUGACGCCAACACCGGCGAGAUGGUCAACGAGCUGAAGGGCCAUGAGGCCCUGGUUCGGUCGCUGCACCUGGAUAGUAUGAACCAACGAAUCGUCAGUGGUAGCUACGACAUGAGUGUCAAGGUGUUUGAUGCUCAGAGCGGAGAGCUAUCCAUUGAUCUCCCGGGCUGGACGACGAGUUGGAUGCUCAGCGUCAAGUCCGACUAUCGGCGCAUUGUGGCUACCAGCCAAGAUUCUCGCGCUGUUAUAAUGGAUUUUGGAUACGGACUAGAUGGCAUAGACUUGCUACAAGAGUAA